AUGGAAUCCGGGUGGCAGCCUUACCAAGACCCCCUGAUGGGUCGUCCCACGCAGUUCAAUACCGGGUUGGCGUCGCAUCCCCAGCAACUAGCCUCGAAGUACGGUCAGCCACCGCAGUCACAGCCCCCCGUCCCGGGCUAUACGUAUGAGACCUUCCAAACUCCCGGCACCAACUCCAAGUCUCCCUCCGCCGGUCCCAACUCCAAGCCUGUCUCCAUGGCUUCGUCCCCUACCGCCACGUCACGUAGUCGGGAUUAUGUCACCGAUGCGGAUGCCACCAUGGAGGAUGCGGACCCAUACAACCGGACCAAGUACCCCUCGAGGCCGAAUCAACACAAUCGCGCCUCGUCUCAAUUCCUCUCUCAGGCCGAAGAGUCGUCGGCCGCCCGCAGGUACUCGCCGAUGAACGUGCUGUCGCCGCCGAUGUCAUACCCUACGAGCCCCGGGAAGUCCCAACAGGGCUACAGCUUUCCCCCAUCAGCUCCAGGCCAGACGCGACGGUCGCCGACCAGAUCGGCAGACUACGCAUCCCCUCCCCAGGGAUAUCAAUCACCGCCGUCGAAUCGUGUCCCAAGAUUACCCCCGCUCCAGGCGGGCGACCUCAGCCCCGACCAGUAUUACCCAUCGUCCGCAUCCUCCCACAUGGGGUCCUCCUUCGGUCCCGGAACGCGAUCCCCACGAUCGGGCUCUCUGCCAUCACAAGUCCCGGGACGUGGUCCGGUUCCCAAGUUUCAGAAGAUCAAGUCGGUGCAGGAGCUGCAACCGCGGGUCCACACUCAGCCUGCAUACCGGCGUGCCAACCCGGAGGGUGGCUUCAUCAGUCCCCUUCAAGCCCUGACGACGCACCUCCCUUCGACGUAUCGCAUCUGCAAUCCGAACUUCAACUACGAGUCCUCGAGGAACCCUCGGCGUGUGUUGACGAAACCGAGCAAGGGCGUGAAGAACGAUGGUUACGAUAACGAAGACAGCGAUUACAUCCUUUACGUCAACGACAUCCUGGGUAGCGAGGAGGCUGGUCACAAGAACCGUUACCUUAUCCUUGAUGUUCUGGGCCAGGGCACUUUCGGUCAGGUAGUCAAAUGCCAGAACUUGAAGACGCAAGAGGUCGUGGCUGUUAAGGUCAUCAAGAACAAGACCGCCUAUUUCAACCAGAGUAUGAUGGAGGUCUCCGUGCUGGAUCUGCUGAAUAGCAAAUACGAUAAGAACGACGAUCAUCAUCUUCUGCGUCUGAAGGACACCUUCAUUCACCGACAGCAUCUCUGUCUUGCCUUUGAACUUCUCAGUGUCAAUCUCUAUGAACUGAUCAAGCAGAACCAAUUCCGCGGAUUGAGCACCACUCUCGUCCGUGUCUUUGCACAGCAGCUGUUGAAUGCCCUAAGCCUUUUGAACAAGGCUCAUUUAAUCCAUUGUGAUCUGAAACCGGAAAACAUUCUUCUGAAAAAUCUCGAGAGCCCAAUCAUCAAGGUUAUAGAUUUCGGCUCUGCUUGCGAUGAGCGGCAGACCGUCUACACAUAUAUUCAAUCGCGCUUCUACCGCUCGCCAGAAGUGCUGCUUGGCUUGCCGUACUCUUCGGCAAUUGAUAUGUGGUCCCUCGGCUGCAUCGUCGUCGAGCUGUUCCUCGGUCUGCCUUUAUUCCCCGGCUCCUCUGAAUACAACCAGGUCUGUCGGAUUGUUGAAAUGCUGGGACUGCCCCCAACAUGGAUGCUGGAAAUGGGCAAGCAAUCGGGCGAGUUUUUCGAAAAGACACAGGAUGAGUACGGACGGAAGACCUACCGUCUGAAGAGCCUGGAGCAAUACUCGCGAGAACACAAUACCAAGGAACAGCCGAGCAAGAAGUAUUUCUCUGCAUCGACCCUGGAGGAGAUCAUCCGGAGCUACCCCAUGCCGAGAAAGAACAUGAAGCAAGCCGAGAUGGAACGAGAGCUGAACAACCGAGUCGCGUUUAUUGACUUUGUGCGUGGUCUGCUGUCCAUCAAUCCUCUUGAGCGAUGGUCUCCCCAACAGGCGAAACUUCACCCGUUCAUCACUCAGCAGAAGUUCACCGGGCCAUUCGUGCCGCCAAUGAACCUGAAGUACUCGUCACUCAACAAGACUGUCGCACCCGGCGUUCAGCAGCAACAGCAGGCUGAGGCUGCUAGCAAGCAGCGCGCUGCACAGGCGGCGCAUGCGCAGUCGGCGUACAACAUGCAGAUGAAUCAGUACCACACUCCGCCCCAUGCUCAACCGCCGCCUAUGUACAAUGGCAUGUACCAGCAAGCCGCACCACCGCCCCCGUACCCCACACAACCACCCGGCUAUGGUCAUCAGAUGAAUAUGGUUCCGGGCCAGAUCCCUCCUCAGCCCCAGUACGCCCCAUCACAGAGUCUCUACGCUCAAGCAACAACAAGGGCAGGUCGCCAGCGUGCAUCUACCAUGCAUGAUGGAGGAGGAAUCCCGCCAACGAUCCAGCGCGUGGCGAGUCAUCUCGACCCCAGUGCCCCCAUUCGCCUGCAACCCAGUCCCGCCUACUACCCCCCUCCUGCUGACGGUUACGCGGACGCGAGUGGCAACCAACGUCGCCGCGGCAGCCGGGCUGGUGGUAGUGGAAAUGGAAACCAGCGAAACCGGGACUUCAUCCGCACACUCGAGGACGGUGUCCUAAGCGAAGGAUAUAUGGGCCCGAACCAGUGGCACUAG